AUGCAGCUUUCAGAAGACCAGGCAGCGGAAGUCAAGGCGUGGGUGGUAAAAAAGCUGGAGGACAUUUCGGAUGCAGAUUCAGAUGUGCUUGCGGACUACGUUUUAGCUCUCGUUCGGUCUGAUGCACCGGAUGAGGAAAUACGGAACGCCUCUGUUGAGAGUCUCAAGGACUUUUUGAGCGAGCAUACUACCGAAUUUGUCGAAGAGCUUUUUUCUACGUUUGCGCCUAAGCAGACCGCUGCGGCAAAGACCCAGAUACAAGAUGCCCAAGGUGCAGGAUCAGCCCCUCAACCAUCUGCACGACCGUACCCGCCGACGGGACCUUCGAACGGCGCAUACAACCCUCAGAUACCCGAUGACACUUCAAAUAUGAGUCGCAAACGCACCUACGAUGAUGGCUUCAAUGAAGACCAGGCGCGUGAGGGCGUUCCGCAUCACCGUAACUUCAAGAACCCCCGCCGUGGGCGUGGUGGCCGAGGCGACUGGAUGGGCCGAGACAGCCACUCUGGACACGGGCAGUUCCCUCAUCCCUCUGCUGGUGGAUUCCCGGCCAUGCCUCCGGGUUUCCCUGGCUUCGACCAAAAUGACCCAAUGGCAGCGAUGAUGGCCAUGCAAGGCAUGGGAUUCCCGCAGAUGCCAGGUAUGCCGCCCAUGCCUAUGCCGCCAGGAGGUGGGGGCCCUGGCCAGCAGCCAAACCAAAUGGGAUCCAAGAGCACGGAAAGAUGCCCUUUUUACGAGACACAGGGGAUCUGCUAUUUGGGUGCUGCUUGUCCGUACCAGCAUGACACAGUGCCAGGUGCCUCGAAGGAUGAUGAAUACGACCCUAAAUCAUCCAAUAUUGUUUCUGACCCUAAACGCCGGCCCGAUGCUCCAAUGCGGAGUGGCGAUCGAGGCCGCGGCCGUGGUCGUGGUCGUGGCGGCGACAGGGGCGGCUUUUCUAACCGCGGUCGUCGAUCCGAGUUUUCCGCUGCUGGGCCCAAUGAAGACCCAUCCGUGAAAACAAUUGUUGUGGAGCAGAUUCCCGACGACAAGCUUGAUGAAUUCACAGUUAGGGAAUUCUUCUCUCAAUACGGAGAGAUAACAGACAUCUCACUCCAGCCGCACCGGAAACUUGCCCUAAUCACAUACGUUGACCACGCUACGGCGAAGGCAGCAUGGUCUAGCCCGAAGGUGAUAUUCGAUAACCGAUUUGUCAAAGUGUACUGGCAUAAGCCAAAAGGAGAUAGGGACCACGAUCAGCGUCCUGGCGCAAAUGGCAACCGUGAGGAGUCCGAACCUUUUGAUGCAGAGGAAUUCCAAAAGCAGCAGGAAGAAGCACAGAAGUCCUACGAAGAGAAACACAAACAGCGCCAAGAAACAGAAAAGGCGAAGCAAGACCUAGAAAAACAACGAGAAGAGCUGCUCAAGAAGCAGGAAGAGGAAAAGCAACGGCUCCUGCAGAGAAUCGGUGGAGGCACCACAUCCGGCAGUGCCACUCCGGAUGGAGGAGCAACCCAAUCCCCGUCUGACGAAAACGCCAGCGAGCAAACUAAGCAACUACGAGCCCAGCUUGCAGCCCUCGAAGCUGAGGCCAAGAGCCUAGGCUUAGAACCCAACAACUCCCCUGACACCAGCUCGUCUUUCCGCGGCCGUGGGAGAGGCUUUGGCGGUAGGGGCGGUUUUGCACCACGUGGUCGCGGCUACGACCCGAGCUUUCGCGGCUCCUAUCGUGGCCGGGCCGGGUUCCCUGCACGCGGCCGGGGUGGCGUCCUGCGCCUCGAUAAUCGUCCGAAGCGCGUUGCAGUGUCGGGCAUAAAGUCAAACUCCGAACAGGACGAGGCGUUCCGGCAGUUCCUGAUUGGUGUCGGCGAAUAUGAAUCCAUCACCCCAAACCCCAACGAAGACGACUCCCUCAUCAUCGCAUUCAAGGAACGCUAUAUCGCCGAGAAAUUCAUGUUUGGACCUCGGAAUAUCCCCUCUGUUGGCGAAAUCCAGCUCACCUGGGUUCCAAACCCGCCUAUCUCCGUUCCAUCGGCGUCUCCAAGUCAACCACCCCACCAAUCAACAUCUGCAGCAUCGUCUGGUCUGGAUGCUAAGGCCGGCUUUGACGAAGACACGAUUAUGGAUUCUGCACCCGCUGAUACAGCCGGUGGUCUUCGCGGAAAGGAGGGGAAUGGGGGUAUGAAUGCUGACGUUGAUUAUGAUGUCGCGGAGGUCGAUGAUAGCUGGGGUGUGGAGUGA